AAGCAAGAAAUAGAAAGGAAAGAAAAACAAGGCAAGAGAAGGCAGGAACGUAGGUAAGGUCAAGGAGGUAGGUACGAUUCAAAUAAAAAGAAAUGAAUUCCCCUACUCUUGUCUUAAUUCCUCUUCUCUUCCUUUCCUCAUAUUCUUGAUAAAAUCAAAACAACAAACAUACCAUAAUCAUACAUGCAUACAUACAUACAUACAUACCUUACGACAACACGCAACAGAUACACUUUACCCUUCCUUGACUUUCAUCCUCCCGAUUUAUCGACUCGAGAGUUUUUGAUAUCAAUACUAUACUAGGACGAGUAUUCACGUCAAAAUAACAUCGUCAUCGUCUGAACUCACCUUUAUUCCCUUUCGUCAGAGAGCCAAUCAAUUUACUGUUUGCGACCAACCAUCAGGUUCAAGACGCCUUCAUUACCUCAUAAAUCAUACCUACAUCAUACAAUCAAUUCAUCCUUUCACCACUCCUGCAAGUGUCAUACUCGAAUAGAUAGAAGCUCUCUUUCUUCUACUUUCAACUUCUUUUCCCACUUUUCUUUUUCUUUCGUGAUACCCAACACCCAAGUUUUCAAUCAACAAAACCGCCAUAAUGUCUGUCAACGUACCUACCGACCCGGAUAAAAAGGAAGCUGAUAUCGCGCGUAAAUUGCAAUUUUACGGAAUCUACAAAGGUAUUGUUGCGCUCUCCCAUCCUACCGGCAUAUCUUCAACAAUAGAUUCAUACUGACAAUAAAUUCCAUGUAGCAUUUCAAGCAGGAAAGGUUCCAGAUGUAAGUACUUUGUUUCCAUCAUCGUGCUUGCAUGUGCAAAUGACUAAUUCCUCGUGUCCAGAAUGACCAAAUCGAUGUUGCUCUCAACAGCUUCCUUAAUUUGGAUAUUCUAGCGUCACCACCCGAUAGACUUUCCGAUGAAGGUAAAAACCUAAUACAAGAAUUUCGUUCCGUUGUCGAACAGGCGAAGUACCUUCUUCUUACCAAAAAUGAUGGCGAACUCCUUCAGGAUUUCAUUUGGCAAUGUCAACAGAUUGAUGGUGGAGCAGCAAGAGCUCCAGGAGCUCCAGUCGACCAAGCAACUGCUCAGCAACAUGGCAGAGAUGUAAAGGAGGGUCUCAGAACUCUUGGUCAACUCAUCCUAACCAACGGACAAUUCAGGAAGCUUUGUGAGUGAAUAUAAUGCCUCGGAGUUGUGUCGUAUACUAAUUUCUGAAUCAGUGAAUGAUGCUGUCGUUCUUUUACGCGAUAUUGCCGGUGAUGCUGCCACUAAUAUCGCUGGCAGAGUGAACCCUUCUGGAGAUCAAUUGAGCCAAAUUGAUCAUCCCGCUGAGGAUAAUGUCUGGCAUGAUAGCCCAAAUAUGUCAUCUGGUAAUAUCAAGAACCAGAUGAGGCAGGCAUUCAAGAAGAAUCAACCUGUUGGUAGAGACGAUGUUAGAGAUGCUGUUGGUACCGCUAGUCAAACUGCCCACCCAAGCGGCUCUCGUGAUCCAGCAGAUACUGCUCAAUUGGCUGGUCGUGAUCAACAAUACAACGCUGCUUCUGGAAUUGAUGCUCAAACCGGAGCCCAAGUUGGUGCUGACACCUUGAAGCAACGUGCUUCCGAGAACGUCCCUGAGGAGACAAAGCAACGUGGUCGCGAGACGAGAGAUAGAACUAAGAAUUACCUCCAACAAAAGAUGCCCGAGGAGCGCCGUGGGCAACUUAUCUACAGACUUAAGAAGAUGGUUGUGGAGAUCCAAGGUCACCCAGACUGUAGGUUUACCUUCAAUUUUCUAGCCAAUUCAUUUCAGUACUAACUGCGGGCAGAUAUGCAAUCUAUCGACACUCUUCUCGACCUGGCCGAGCAAUAUGGAGGCCAUGCACACAAUAUUGGCCAACAUGGUUCUGGAGCAGUCAGGGGCGCACGUGGCGACACCUCUCUCAGGACUGCCGAGAGAGAUUUGAAAGUUUGUAGCUUCAUGGAAAAAUUAGAAGUAGUACUUAGGCUAACACAAUUUAGACACUCAUCGAGCGGUUUGCAAAUUACACGUCAAUUGACGAUUUUAUAGACUCUAUCAAUGUUAUCUAUCGAGACGCUGAUAGAGAUGAAGAACUGAAGAAUUGGUUCAAGCAAAUGGACACCUUUAUUCGCAAAUGUCUUAAGGAGCAAGGUUAUAUCAUGGAAGACAACUCCACUGAGCGUUGGAAUGAGCUUUACGAUAAGGGCAACGAUCUUCUCAGGCAUCGCUAUAAAUCUCAUACUGACCGCGUCGUUGAUGAACUCAAGUUCUUGGCCAAGGAAUUCGAUAAUGAUGCACAGAACAAGCGAUUUGCGGAGACGUGCCAAAACUUUUUCAAUCAUCUAGGCAACGAUGAGAACGGCAAGCCAAAAUUCAAGAAGCAUUUGCUUCUCGAUUUGUCCAAUGUCAUCAUUCCUACAAUUAUUGAAGAUAUUCGAUAUAUGCCUAUCCCUAGACUCGAAUACAGAGAUCCUAAGUUGGAAUUUGCUAUUGAGAAUCUGGUGAUUGAGAGCAGCAACCUUAUGCCGAAUCUACUUGAGAUCCAUCAAGGUAUGUGCUAUUUACUUUGCUAUUGUUCCUUCCGACAAUGACUGACCAAAUAUUUAAUAUAGAAAGCACCAUUCGCUUUGGUCGCAAAGGCCGCGAAGCUGGAAACAAAGGAUCGUUUCUGGUUGCAGUCGAAGGCAUCCAAAUGGAUUUGAGGGAUGUUUCUUAUUACAUGAACAGAAGGGGUAGUUCAUUACUUGGCCAAGACCAAGGCGUCCUCGAUAUCCUCCUCGGUGACUCUGGACUCAGUUUCAGGAUGAAGCUGUCUGUAGUUUCGACAAAAGCAAAAGAUCGACAAAGCUUUUUGAAGGUUGACAGUGUGAGGGUUGACAUUAAGAAGUUGAAGCUUAAGAUUAAACAAUCGAAGCAUAAGGCUUUACUCGCUGCGGGAAAGCCUUUCUUGAUCAAACCUCUUACUAAGGCCCUCGCCAAGUCUAUCGAGGCAGCUAUCAAGCAAAAGGUUGAAGAGGUUGAUGCGUUUGCAUAUAAAAUCAAGCUUGAAGCCGACCGAGCUAAAAAGGAGGCGGCGAACAACCCAGAAAAUGUUCCAAACAUGUAUCGCAACUACGUUUCCGCUUUCCAACGAGAACUCAGCAAGGGUAAAGAAAAGGCUGAAAGGGCCCAACAGUCUGUGCAGAACAAAGAGUUCAAGAUGGUUACGACAACGGAUGAAUCAAUGUUCCCCAAUCUUAAGUUACCCGGCGGGAUCUCAUCCAAGGCAACUGAAUAUAAGAAUUCUGCUAGACAAGGUGACCGAUGGAAAUCACAGGUCUUUGGCAUUGGAACUGCCCAAAGAUCUAACGACAUCCCAUCCCCAGAAGAGAUCAGGAGAAAGCCACAUUCGGUUGCUCAAGGUGGCGUUAGAGAUCCACAAGAUGUCGGCAACACCAAUCCCUCAACUGGUCCAUCAGGCUAUAACCAAGGUGCUCAGCAGGGCUCUUCUCAACAAGGUUAUGGUCAACAAGGUGCUCUCCCUCAUCAAGGCUAUGGUCAGCAAGGCUUCAAUCAACAAGUUGACGUGGCUUUCGCUAACGCCGGUGCACAACCUGGCAUUUUACAAGGCAACAGUGCCGCAAACGGUGCCAUUAACGGUGGUGCCGGAAACCAAAAGAACACUCCUACCGGAGGAAACACUCUAUUGGGAUCAGACAACCCAGUUUACCAAGGUAGAGUUUAGUCUACUCAAUUCGAAUCUCUCUUCGUUUCCCAUAUUGUUUUACGGAACGCAAUUGUUUUCUUCAUAAGAUACCACUACCGCGGAUACCACUUGCAUAUUUGGGGUUUGGUGGGUUAAAAAAACACAUAACUUGAUAAUGUAAUGGUGGAGGAUUUCAUUUGUCUUUGCUUUGUUUGUAUGGGCUUCAUUUUUGAUACCUUUUGAUUGUUUUAAUUCCUUUUCGAUUGCCGAUUAACUUGGUACUCUUAAUAUACCACAGCGUUUUAGUGGAUUGGGAUAAUGGAACGUAAGUGAUGGAUGGGUAUUGAGGUUAAUGAUUAUUCGUGAGAGGGGGAUGAUGAAUCAUGAUAUGAUGGAUUGGACUUUUCCGACCAUGAUGUUUUGGUACAAAAUAGCGUUUUCUUAUGUGACAUUAUUAGGUUUAUCAUAACAAAUGAGAAUACCAUAGCGAUUAA